AAUCUCUGCCCUGUCUCUUUUGGCAGACUUGGGGACCAGUUCUACAAAGAAGCAAUUGAGCAUUGUCGCAGCUACAACUCUCGGCUGUGUGCUGAACGGAGCGUUCGCCUUCCCUUCCUGGACUCGCAGACUGGAGUUGCUCAGAACAACUGCUACAUCUGGAUGGAGAAGCGGCACAGGGGACCAGGCCUGGCCCCAGGUCAGCUGUACACAUACCCGGCACGUUGCUGGCGCAAAAAGAGGCGUUUACAUCCUCCUGAGGAUUCCAGGCUGAAGCUGCUGGAAAUUAAACCUGAAGUUGAUCUGCCUCUGAAAAAAGAUGGCUUCACAUCAGAAAGUACAACACUGGAAGCCUUGCUGCGUGGAGAGGGAAUUGAGAAAAAGAUGGACACUAAAGAGGAAGACCCUAUACAAGAAAUCCAGAGGGUUUUAGAAAAUGAUGAAAAUGCAGAUGAAGUAAAUGAAGAAGAGGAUUUGGAGGAAGAUAUUCCAAAACGAAAGAACAGGCCAAGAGGACGGCCAAAGACCCCCACCUGGAAAAAAAUUUUCCAGAAAAAUGCUCGGGGAUCUGGAGGUGGCAGGAGACGAAAUGAUGCUGCCUCCCAGGAUGAUCAUGACAAACCCUAUGUUUGUGACAUCUGCGGCAAGCGUUACAAGAACAGGCCUGGGCUGAGUUACCACUAUGCUCACACUCAUCUUGCCAGUGAAGAGGGUGAUGAAGCCCGGGAGCAGGAGACCCGCUCUUCUCCUGUCCACAGAAAUGAAAACCACAAACCCCAGAAAGGACCAGAUGGGGUCAUCAUUCCCAAUAACUACUGUGACUUCUGCCUUGGAGGCUCCAAUAUGAACAAAAAAAGUGGCCGGCCUGAGGAACUUGUGUCGUGCUCAGACUGUGGGCGCUCUGGACACCCGACCUGCCUGCAGUUCACCACAAACAUGACUGAGGCUGUUAAAACCUAUCAGUGGCAGUGCAUUGAGUGCAAAUCCUGCAGCCUUUGUGGCACCUCUGAGAAUGAUGACCAGCUGCUCUUCUGUGAUGACUGUGACCGUGGCUAUCACAUGUAUUGCUUGAAUCCACCAGUCUUUGAGCCCCCCGAAGGGAGUUGGAGUUGUCAUUUGUGCCGGGAGCUGCUCAGAGAGAGAGCAUCAGCUUUUGGCUUCCAGGCCUGAGGAGCUCCAGCAAUCAAGAAACACUUUGCUCCUGUUGUUGUCAUACCAGCACACAAUUCCCAUCCAGAACACAAAGACACAGCCCACAUCAAAAUGAAUGGACACUCAAGUACAGGAAGAGGUAUCUGUGGUAUUCACUGUCACUGAUGCAGAACCUCCUGGGCUCUACUAGAAGGAUCACGUACUUUCUCGAUGCUCCGGAUGAAAUCUCUUCACUGCUAUGCAUGGUUGCUGCUUACCAUUAUGGGCUCACAUGGAUUAUAGGAGGGGGAGGGUUGUUAUGUUGAUAUGAAGAAGUCAAUUUUGUGUGGCCUUGUGCUUUCUGUUUAGUUUCCUUCUGAAGGAGAAAUAGUAAGGAAUCUCCCAAGGAUUUGUUGGUGAGUGCUUUGUUGGGAAGCAGCAUCAGUUGUUACUGCACAAAAGCUUGCCUGGAAGUCCCUUUACUGCAACUGCUCUGUAUUCUUAGGGUGGCUUUGCGUUGCGUUAGUUCAAUACUUCCCAUGUUGUGAAUGAUGUGUUGUCACCGAGAGAAGCACUGAUCAGAACUGGGGGAGUGACACUUUCUCUCUUGGAUCAAAUGCUUUGAUUUGGCAGAUCUUCAGACAUCUGGUUUCAGUGUUUCUGAAGGAAGAGCACUGCCAGUUUGAACAUACACAGACGCUUAAAUGCUGUGUUUGGUAUUUUUGGAUAUUCAGGCACACCAUCCCACUCCGGUGCUAUCAUGCAGUUUAGAUGCAUCAUUUUAUUUUUACUGAAAAAAAAUUGUGAGUGGUUCUGCAUGUAACUGACUUGCUGUCCGGCUCAGAAAACUGAACGAAAGAAAACUGUCAUUUUAAGUUGAUCGUGGAAAAUAGAGGUUCCAGUUUUCUGAGCAAUCUAAAGUAAGCCGAAAAUAGGAACAACAUUGGCAUAGGGUCACAUGAAGCACUUUUGAUGAUUUUUUUUUUUUUUCUUGAUUUCUAAACUAAAAUAUUCUGCAAUUGAAAGCUGAAAUUUUAUUUUGGGAAUUGCCUAAUCGGAACUUCCCACAUUUCCAGAGUUAUUCUUUUUUUUUUAAAUCAAAAUAGUUAUUAAGAUUUGUUGAAUUUUCAAAUCAUUUUGCCCCCAAAUUCUCUAUAACUGCAUUUUUGGCAGAAGCCUUAUCAAGCUUCAGUGAAAGGAAUCAUUUACUUGAACCUAAUAUCAAAAGAAAGAUUUUCAUAGUUAUUUUAAAAUUUAAAUAGGAAUAGCUGUACUUUGUGCAAACAAACCUCUGCAUGUGAAAUGGAGAAGCGCUAAGUGAGAGCAUCAAUUGAAAAAGUAUUUUCACAGUUGAGUCCCUGUGAUUAACUUAAGACAUCACCAGGAGUACAAGUGAGUACAUUAAAACAUUUUUAUCCGAUGCAUCUUUUAAGGUUAAAAACAUGCAACUCCCCAAACAGCCAGGUAGCCCAGAAUGACCAUUUUUGUGGGUGUGAUUUACAUUUCUUUCUAUGCAUAGAUUAAAGUGGGAUUAAAAUACACAUUUAUGAGAGUCCCAAGCAACACGUAAUUUGAGUUGCCUGUACAAGUAGGAAAGAGCACUGAAGGUUGUAUUUGGGAUAUUUAUUGUGGUUGAAACUUCUCUGCAAAAUGAAAUGUCCCUGAAAGGACACUGUGAAAGAUUAGCAGUGAACUAAUUUUUUCUUUUUUUCUCCUGCUAAUUACACUUAGUUAGAAUGAACUAUACUGACCUAACGCACUUUUUCUCAUUAUUUAGAUAGUUUGUUCACCUUUAGUGUUUUGUUCAGCUUACAGUAGUUGUGCCAGCUGUUGGAUUCUCCCACGUGCUCUCACGACUGCAGUGGGAGUACUUUAAUCUCUUAGAAAAGGGGUUUAGGAAGUGUUUAUCCUAGUUGUAUUGGACCAAAUUCCUCCAGGAGUGGCCACAAUGGCUACCCGUGACAUUCAUUCAAUACAUGAACUUUCCUUGUGACAGUGUUGGGUGAGCCAAGAGUAUAAAGAUAUUUGAGCAUCAAAUGUAGGACCUGUCUGCAUGAGGUGUCUGGUGCCUGUCUGGACAAAGCUGUAAAACAAAUGUCAAAUGAAGCUUCUUUCUCCCUGUCCGAGGAACUGCCAACUGCUGUGGUCCCAUUCUCACUGCUGAGCUGCUGACACCCAGUCUGAUGGCUGGCCCUGAGGACAUGUCCUGGUGGUAGUGCGUGAUCCUGGAUGCAAGGCAGCAUGGAGUGAGCCAUGUACGGCGGGAUCUGCCCCGAGCCUGGGAGCAGCUAAGGGCCACAGCUCCUCUGCAAGAACUUUGGCACCUAUCUAAUCUGCUGAUCUGACACUUUGGGACCACUGCACAGUUCGUGCUGCUGCUCUGACUAGGAGGGCAAGUAUGUGCUUGGCAGAGACGCUGUUUGACUGUCAUAUAAAAGUGUAGUGGCAAGAGAGACAGGAAUUGGGAGUGUGAGUGCUGGAUGGAAAUUCUGUGAUGGAGCUGAUGAUGAGAGCAGCAGAGGUAGCUUCUGGUGUUCAAGUUGGUGCUCAGCUGCCUGAGAUGCUGGGCUUAGUGAGCUCUAUUAUAGUGAGUUGUUGCCUUCACAUUUGCUAGUAUUUGUGUUGGCCUUGGGACGGAAGUAGAAAGAUACUUAUUGCUUUAGCCUACAUUUAGGCAGACAGCAGUGGCUUUGUAUCUAAGCACCUGGUAGUCCUUUGUAUGAUGUUGGUGGGAGUGACUGGUACAGAAAGUCAGUGUUCUGUCCCUGAAAUGGAGACACUGACCGACAAGCUGUGCUUUUCAUGCACACCUGCUCUCCUGUUUUACCAUUUUGAUCCAUACCAUGGACUAUUUUUUUCUCCCACACCAUAGUGAAUACUAUCUUUCAUGUUUGUAAAUAUUUCUCAGUGACAUUGCUGAAGUUUCACAACUAACAAGGUAUGAUGGAAGGAAGGAUUGCUAGAUCUUCUGCAGUAAAAUAUUGUCAGAGCUCAGUGAAAGAGCGAAUUUAUCCAUAGUAAUCUCUUCAGCUCCAUGCUGUAACAUAGCCAGGAAGCAUCAGGUAACUCUCAGCAGCAAAUGAAAUGCCAGCUGUCCCAUGCUGAGGGCAUCCUCCAGCUGCACACUCCCUACUUCUUGAGCUCCCUCCUAGGAAAGAGGCUGGUACAUUCCUCCCAGGGACGUUGUUAGCAUGUGUUCAGAGCUGUACAUCUUGCUGCACUUCUGAAAUACUAAUCAAGCUCCCAAGUGUUUGACGCUGUACCGGUUUUACCAAGAUGUGGGGUUGUGAUAGCACAGUCAAGAAGUUCAGAACCUCGGAGAACCACUUCCCUGCCAUCAGAGUACUGUUCCUAUAUGGCCACUGGGGUAAACUUCUUUGGCAAAACUAGAUAUAUCUUGAACUAGCAUGUGACUGAUGUGGUGUGGGCAGCAAGCAGUCAGAGGACUCCAUGAGCUUCUCUUCCUUCUUGAGGCAGGAUGUGCAAUGCUGCCCACAGAGCCUGUUGUUGACAGUGGCAGAGUGUGGUGGGUUAUUCAUGGGCAGGUGGUUCCUUUCAGCUUUAUAAAAUGAACCAGGUAAAUGUUAUAAAACUCAUUAGGUAAAUGUUUGUGAUGUGGUGGGCAGGGCAGCAAGGAGACAUAUCACCUGAGAGCUAACAGAGCUAAGUGGGCAGGGAAAGCUGCUAGACAAAAGCAUGUUGGGUUUCCAUUUAAACAGACAAUCUGAAUUGAGACAAAAUUCAAGGUACUGUGCUCCUUAUCCACUGGAGACAAGUGGAAUUUUUCUUUUUUGCUUGUUUGGUUUUUAACCAGUGAUGGACUUGGUAAAUUGUCCAUGUACCUGCACUCCGGGUGAGAAUUUGUUGCCAGCCCUUCAGGUGAUCAAACUCUGACAUGUUUUGAAGCUCUCUGUGUAGGCAAGGCAAGCUGUAUAUUAGCUCAAAUUAGGACAGACGGUGUUAGAUUCUGCAUCCCUCAAAGUCUUCAAAUCAAGACUGGGUCUGUUCCCACGAGACGUAUUUUAAUUAAACACAAUUUUAGUUAAACACAGGAAUGUCAGACUGAAGAAGGUUUGUGCUGUAGAGGAAGCUAGAUUAGAUGAUGUAAUUGUUCUUCCUGUCCUUAUUGUAAAAACAGAUGUUUACUGGUCAAGGGGAUGUAUUUAAAUAAAGCUGUCUCUGGAUAGCAGACUUAAAAUAUGUUUAGCAUAUUCAUGAAAUCCUUCUCAUUUUAACCCAUUUUGGGUGACAAAAAAAAAGUCACUCACAGAAAAUCAACUUUAUAGAUGCAGUAAAUAGUUCAAUACAUCUGUCAUGACCACAAUGGCGUCUGCGUUGGUGCCAGCUAUGACAGGCUUUUCCAGGGAAUGAACAAUUCAGACUGCAUUGUGUGAAACUGCCACUUGGUUCUGGCUUUCCUCCAUAGCCAUUUGUGCAAGACUGCCCCGUGUGUGCCCAUGGUGGCUGGGGAGUGGAGCUGCUUUGAGACUGCAAUAGUGGCUCUGAAGCCAAGCAGGUAGAGAAAUGGUCACCCUCUUUGGAUUGAAUCUGCAGCAUCUGAGUAAAAGCACACCUUAGUCCAGUCCUUGAGAUAGGAAAGGCACUGUUAAGUGUGUUCUGAAGCUGACAUUACUUUAAAUAACUUUGAAAUUGUAUUCCUCACCUUUCUUUAAAAGAGGCUCAGUAAAUUCUGCCUCAAAGGAAGAUCCUCCUGUACCAUUCUGCAUUGUGGGGCUGUUGCGUGUUCCGCACACCUACACAUGUUGUCUGUCAGGGAUCACUGGGAGAAGGGAGAGCGUAGGGGCAGAUAGGAAUAUUAAUUAAGCUUGUCACUGCUGGAGGGGUCAUAUGCAUUGUGCACAAGAAAAUCCCAGGUAGAGCUGGGUAUGCUUUUUCUGCGUAGUAUAAAUUUAUUAAAAAAAAAAAAAAUUGCUUUUGAGGGAACCAGCAUUGUUCACAUAUCCAUAUGUAAUCUGGCAUAUAAUUUCAUACCUCCCCCCCAAAAAAAGGGGGGAGGAGAGGGAAUAUCAGAAAAUUUGGAACUUUCAGAAUGAAUGUGACCAGCAGGCAAGGCUGUCAUUAGUGUGGACCUGGUAUCUCUAAGUGGAGUUGGGAAGUGUAGGGCUUGUUUCCAUAUAGAAAAGGGUUUGCAGCACUCUUCUGAGUGCAGCAGUGGGGCUGAAAGUUCUGCCUUCCAUCUGCACUGCUUGGGGAGUCCUACCUUCACCCACAUCAAAGCACUCAGCAGAGUGUCUGCAGGAAUGGCAAACAGCAGCCACACUGCAUGGACAGGGAGAGGAGGGACUUGGUGAGGUUUACUCCUUUCUUUCAAAAACGUUAGCAAGAACAUCAGGUGUUUUGCUGAUGGGGACUCAAGCCAAUAGCUUGUUAAUGUUUGCAAUACAUUUCUGUCACAGUGAGUGAAAAUGCAAAGUACUAUUACAGCAUUCACCUGUGCGUUUAGAAUAAACAUUGUUACUGUUAUUUUGAAAUGAGGAAACUACAGUUUCCAGAUCAUCUUACCUUCUGUGCAUGCAUAAAGUUAACAAUGAAGCCCUUCAUGCUGAUUUUUCAGGUACUGAUAUUUUCUUUUCAGACCAUAAAUUUCACUUCCACAGUGCAUCAGGAAAUAUUUCCUCUCUCCCCAUUUCUCAGGAGCCAAGGCAGGGGAAGAGGAGCUUUGAGUCUUCAUAUUCUGAGUUAUAAAGUACAACAAGUCAGUGACUGUGAAAGUCAUGUCCUCUCCACAUAUUGAAGGAAUGGCCUGGUUGGCUGGGAGAGAGCUCCUCCUUUGGCAGCCUAGAAGGGUCUUUGCUAGCAUCUGUCUCACCUGUGCAUGAGAUAUCUUAGUCUGGGGUUUUGUCCUCUUGAAAAGGACUCUUCCUGCUGUUGCUCUAUCAAUCUUUGAAAGUGCUAAUUCUCAUCAGAGAACUAUAUGCUUAAAAUCUUUAAAAUCAGGAGAAGGAUUUCCUUAAAUUCCUCAGGAUUUUAAAGGGGUGCAUGCCAGAAAGGCAGACUAUCACCACCACCAUCUCAAGAACCGUGCUGGAGCACAUGUGUUGGGUCACUGCCCAGGUGCCAGAUAAUGGCUGCAUUUUGAUGUCUGCUAUGUACUGGCAGUGCAGAUUUUGCCAGCAACCUUAAUUGGGAAGUAGCAGCUCAAAAUCAAGGGAAAAGAUGUGGAUGUUGUGUCCAAAAUAUCCUUAUUUCCUAGACUUCUUGGGAAUAUAACAGAAGGGAAGUGCCCUUGCAUCUUUCUCGGGAGGCUGUAAGUGCAUGAGGAAUUUCCAUGUUCUCUCCUUUGGCCUUCAUUAUGGAAUAUCCUUCAUUGUUCAUCUUUGUGUUUUUCUUCUCCUAAAUUUAUCCCUGGAUUUUAGAGGAAGUGUGUACCAAAGCUGAUCUGAAGGAUCUAGAACGACUCAGAAAUAGAGAGAGGUUCAGGCUGAACCACCAACUUUCACCUCUCCCUUUAGAAGUGUUCAGCAAACCCUUAAUCAUUGCAGGGAAUCAAACUCACAUGCUGACUGAAUCUCAAUUCUGCAUUAAGGUCACACAAUCAUUCUGUUAGACUCUUUUGUAGUAAUAAAAUGUUCUUUAAAAAUGCAGGAAGAAAUGUUCCAUCUUUACCUUGAUAUCAUUGCCUUUUUGUGCUGCAGCAGAGAUCAACAGCCCUCCCUCCAGUUUACUUUGACUUUCUUCCAGCACCGUAGCCUGGGUCAGCAGUUUAUGGGGACAGGUCCAGGAAUAAUCUGUCUCAUUGAAUUGCAGAUGUAGGGGAGACUCAAAAGCAUUCAAGUAAAUUGUCAUCUGCGCUGAUAGUCAGAUCACCUAAGAAUCGGAAGUUUCUGUACAAGUUAAAGUAUUACCUGUUCCUUAUCUGACAUUUCAGGCACUGUUUUAUUGUUUUUAUUCCACUAGAAGUCAUUGCAAAGAGAAACAUCAGUGAGAAGUGAGUGAAUUAGGAUCUUUGCUGUUGAACUUCUAUUUGACAGUGGGACAACAUUGUCCCCAUUAAUCAUAAGAGGGGAAAGGAGGAGGAUAAAUCUGUGACAUCAUAAUGUGUCUCUCAGAUAAAAUGAUAGUAUCAGCUUUUUAAUGCACUUUUGAAAUGCUCAAGAAAUGAUCUCAAAAUAGUGGCAACCACAUGAAUACAUUGAUAGAGCCUUGCUGUAUGAUGUUAUAUUAUUUAAUUUUAAUUGUAAGGAGAUUUUAAGUUGUAUAUAUUGGAACCAUAUUUGUGCACCAUACUUAUGUUAUUUACUGUAAAUAUGGCUCACCUACCAGGAAUUGAUCCAAAGUCCUAUAAUAGGUGUUCUUCACCUUGAAAUAGAAGAAUGAAGAGGGAGAAAAUGCCAAAGGUGUGUCAGCAUUCUAACAAAAUAAGGAAAAAUUAGCUCUUACAGUAUAAUCACUGUCGUAUAUGGUCCAUGAUUUAUUGACACAAGGAAAAGUACAAAUUCACUAGAAGAUAGACGUACUUCUCAGCUGCUCUCAGUCAACAUUCUUUGACUGACUUCAAGCCUAGAGGUGUCUUCAGAAGGCUCAGCGUAAGUAGUAAGAGUCCUUAGUCUUUGCUUAAAAAUGUGCAGCUCUUACUAGUUGAGUACACCCAAUGCAUGCAAGAAAACGUGUGUUUCAGCCCCAGAUGAGUCUGGUCUGGUUCUGGUGAUGCCAUGUCAUAGACGCCAAAGUGAAGUGAGACGUCUCAGCUGACAUUACAGAGCAGUCAGCAACCAGUCUGAAUUCCUCCCUGACUUGAUGAUUUUGGACUUGGUUGUUCAGUUUCCAGUGUACUAUGUUUUGAUUUUCUGUAAACAACUUCUUCCUGCAGUAGGUGUUUUUCUACUGCAUCAGACCUCACUUCACUUAGCUCUGAGCUCACCUCCCUGCCCCAUUUCUAAUCUGUUCCAGUUUUUUUGUUCUCUCUCUCUCUCUCUUCAUGUGGAAGUCUUCUCCAGCCCCUGUUGUUAGCAUCUGUUCCUGGAAUCUGUCCUCUUCAGCUCCAUUUGCCCUGAGGCUGAAGGGGAGUUGGCAUGACUAGGAUAUGCCAUAGAUUUACCAACUGGGACAUAACGUCCUAAGCAUGACUUCCCUCCUCGCUGUACAUCGUGGCAUGGUCCUUGUUUUUAGCCACUCCAUGAGCGGUCCGUAGCACCUUUGUGGCCGCUGCAGGUCUGGAGGGAGAUUAUUUGGCAGCUGUGGGAGCCACACGGCCUCAUUGCCAGCACACGUGCCCACCUUCCUCACUGCUUCAGCUGUGGAUGCGGUCAGGCUGUCGGCACAUGAGAUCACAUCCAGCACGGCUACUCCCUGGAAGCCAAAGUGUUGCUUAGUAACCCACUCAUGGAAGUACCAGAAGCAUUUUUCAAUCUGUCACGUCGGUGAAAAACACUGGCUUCUUGAUUUAGAGGCAUUCUGCUGUGUGUAGCAGAGCUGUGCUCCAUUACCUUGCAUCCAGUGCUAUCUACAAAGAAGGAAUGAACCUCCCUUUCUUGGAGAGGCUGGGAGGAAAAAGGCCACAGAAAGGAUUUGCCCAGCAUUGCGUGUGAAGCCUUUAGUCUGCUCUCCUGACAUCCCAACCUCGUCUUAACUCCCUUCCUGUGGGAGAUAUUCCCUCUUUAUGGGAGUGCACUCCAGGGUCCUAUCGCAAUUGGCCAAACAGGAUCCUGCAGCACCUUCAUCUGUUAUGAGACAUUACUGCAAUAAAACAUGGUGUGUCAUACAGAAAUUGGGUGAGGUAUUGCAGUAUUUAUGUUGUAAGCCUCAGUGUCACGGACAAUUGCUACAGAAUAAUGUAUGUCUUUUUUUAAUGCAGUGGAGUCAUAGCAGCUUCACAAGAGCACACAGAGCACAGACCAUCUGGGAUUACAUGGUUUCCUCAGUUAUUUUCAAAUUAUUGUGUUAUCAAGAAUUAAAUGAAUAACAUCCUCUCAUUUAAAAAUAGACUGUUAAGGGCUUUUAGGUUACUUCCCUUCUUUUAAGAUUAAUUCAAUUUGGGGGCAAAGCAUCCAAGGACUGUGUUCUGACUUGAAAGACUUGCUCCUUUAUCUGGUUCUGGUUUAUCCUUAAAAAUGGCUUCAAGAAAUAACUGGAGGGCUUUUUUUUGUGUGAUACUUUAUUGAUUUUUGCUAUCAAAUCUCCUCAGGAAAAAGGCAUUUAUAGAAUGUCUAGCUUUGAGCUCUGGUGUCCAGCUGGGCUCUUCCCAUCCUGCUUCUUGUCACAGUGAGUGGAGUCAUGAUCUGUAUCAGGACACUGUGUGACCCAUUUUUAUCUGUGUUCCUCAAAGCCCUCUGCAAAAACUGAAGGUGUUUUAGGAAGGUCAUUGGAGGUCCAAAGUGACCUGAAGAUUGGGUUGUCCGACAAGUGUUCCUGAGAGGCUCUUUCAGUCUUCAGGGAUCCUCUUACCCAUGACCACAGCACAACUGGGGUAUGCCACAGAUUUACCAAGUGGGACGCGACUCUUAUCCAUUCUCAGUACUGUGGUGAUGAAAUCAUCAAGGUUUGUUUCCUGUGCGAAUCCCUUUCAGCAAAGGGUCAGUGACACACACAACAGCCGUGGUCUAAAACUUAAUGCAGAAUGAAGAUGAAAAAGCAUCCUGCAACAUGAGAAAAUCCCAAUGUGAUUUCUGAAGAAUUUCUGAGGAAGUAAGUACAACAUUCCUAUUGUCCUUACUAGUCUAAUAGUUAAGUUUGGCUAUGGGAUACAAUCUAUUUUAGUUUACAUGUAAUUUAAGAGAUAAAUACACAAAGUAGUCAAAAAAUAUUCCUGAUGGCUGGUGUGUCACCAGUGUGAGAACGAUUGAAUACCCUGGGGGGUCCUUGCACAGAAAUGUCUCACACAAAUGUUCAGAAAGAACUGGCUUCUCUGGGCAGCAGGGAGCGAUUCUAGCAGGAGAGUGAAAGGCUGUGGAAGGAGGCCUGAUUUACAUUUUAAUUCUUAGAGCUGGUGGUGUCAGCUCAGGAUUGAUGGAAAUCUUGCCCUCGUGAUGUUAUGCUCUGUGGAGGAACAAUUCAGAGAAGCACUAAGUGUACAAUGCAUUGUUUGUUUGAGAAGUAGCAAGGUAUCUAUUUUCAGUCUUCUAAUACCUUGACCUUGGAGUUUGUUCGUAAUUAAAUAGUCUUGUCUAACCAGCUAGCCAUUGAAGCAAAAGAGCUGUUGUUAUAAAGAGAGUGGGCGAGGGAAGAGCAGGAAGACCAGGCAACUUCUAGGCAAUAUUGAGAGAGCACAGUGAUUCCCUGCAGACACAGCACCUCUUUCUUCUGCACGGUCUGCGAGAUAAAAUGAUUUAAGCUGAGACACGUUUUAGAGCACCUGAGUUAGUUGGCUGCAAAGCAGGAGCUGUUCUAUUAAUGUUCAUUCCUGCUGUUUAGUUUUUGAGCUUUUUAUCUGUUAGUGUACUCAAAGCCUUCUUUUAAAUAUUAUGGAAAGAACAAGGUGGGGGCUGGAACCUGCUCUGCCUCCUGGCUGUACAUACCCCUACCCAUAAAUGACAUGUAUGACACACAUGUACGUUGAGUGACUACAUCAUAGUGACUUUUGUAACUCGUUGACUGUGGUGUCAAGAUAACGUGGCUGGAGAAAACUAGGAAUAUUUCACUUGAUAUGAAUAGAAAAUCAGUUAGUGAAAAGGCAGUACAGCUGAGGAAGUUUUCUAACUCUAAGCCACCAUCAUGUCUUCUUGAUAUGCCAUCUCUGUGUCCCCUGUAUAGAUCUUUGUCCUUUCUGCUGCAUAAAAGAAAUUGACUUUGGUGUCUUUGCUCCAAGCUGGAGUCAUCAGUGUUCAGUCUUUUUGUAAUGUCCUGAUGAAUUGAGAAGCCAGUCUUGACAAGGGCUUGCCAACUUCCAUAGCUUCCCACCAGAAUAAUCUAAUACCAGUCAGUAAGUAGAUGGGAUGGGUUCUGGGAUACUGCUGACUGAAGCGUGCCACUGAAGUAUCAGUCUUCAGGGCAAUAGUGACAAGGAGAUUUUAUAUCAAUGCUUGUGAGAAAAAUCUGGCAGUUUCAGAUGAAGCUGGUUGUCCUGUUUGUCACACAGUAAGCACAGAUGCAAGCCAGAAUGACUGAGUGAGAAAAUAAGGCUUUCUGUCUGACAAAUACUCCAGAUAUCUCUCUUGUU